AUGGGAUCACCAACUAGCGACGCGAUAAACUGGUGGGCGGCAGCCCACAUACUCGCCAUCUUAGGUCAACUCGCCUUGUGUGUCGUCGGCACUGUAUCUUUUGUCUUCACUCGGCCAAAUAACUACAAUGGCCAUAUUCCAUCUGACGAUGAGUUUUGGGACGAUGUCGACCACCGCACCGUGAUACCCUGGGUAUCUGCAGCAGUAGGCGCUGCCACAACGUUCUUCAACAUCGUCUUGUUUAUUGCUCUGUGGAAAACAUAUGGUCCCGACAGGCAACGCCGUCUCAUGAGAUCGAUUGGGCCAUUCAGGAAUACAGUCCUAAUUGGAUCCUCAGUCCUCUCGCUGGUCCUUGUCGCCGAUAUAGCUCUUGCAGUGAAAUCAGGCUUGGCUCAUCGUAAUAGUAUAUGUGCUACAGCUUCCAUUGCCAGUGUCUUCAUCACCCUAACAAUAUGUAUGGAUUUGUUGCGGUUACGAAACCUCUAUAAGGACAAGAAGAAGGACACUUACAUCAUAGAACUCGGUCAGUUUAGCGGAGAUGAUAUGUCAGGACCCAUUGGAGCACCUCCUCCGUACGAAGCGGUAGCUGGAUCUCGGUAG